AUGGUGGCCGGAACUACGGCCACCGAUGACGCAGCUGUUCCAGAUGUGCCACAGAGAUCCAACAGUCAAUCCAGACAGAGUAAACGCGAUGCAUCUCGCGCUAAGAGUCCAGGCGAAUCGAAAUUAAACGAGGAAAUUGAAAAUAAAAUCAAUGACAUGUUACAUGUAGCGAAAACAGAAGAAAGAGUCUCACGCUACUUAGAACGUAUGCAACAGGAUCAUUCCAGUGGGAGGUUCCAGCGUAUAGACGGAGAAACGACUCGUAGCCAGAAGGUCACGUCAUGGGAACAACUGCACAAGACCGAGGCACACAACAGGCAUGUAUAUUUCGGAGGAUCACCACUAGGAGUAAGUAUUGAGGUACUCACUCUUAAGAGAAGAGAGGCGCAACUAAUGAAGGAGACGAAAAGUUUGAAGGGUGAUGUUAAGAAGCGUGAUGAACAAAUCGAAGAACUGCUAAAAAAACAAAGUACAGAUUUUAUCAAAUUUGAAAUGGCCUUAGGAAAGGCUGUAGCACUUGGUAGUGGUUGUACGGCGCUCUCAGAGCUGAUUUUUCGUCUAACUAUUAAGGUUUCACGCACAUUCUUCAGGAAAAUGCGGCGCAAGCAGUACAAGGCGCUUCAAUCUACCAUUGAUGCACAGUCGGAAAUCCUCAAGCAAAAACGCAGGUUGGCAUCAAUGGUUAUCGCAAGGCACAUGAAAAAGAUGUUAUUACUCCCGGUUAUAGGAGCACUGGAACAUUGGCGGCGCAUGAAUACAAAGGGUCUACAACCGUCGUACAAUACAUUCCCGGAGGCAAUCAAACCUAAGAAAUACAGUAUGCCUGGGCCCACGGUAUUGCACCAGACUAAGCUCGGUGCUUUACGGUCGUGCAAGAAUGAAAAGGAUAAACACACGGACAACCUAGUAAGUAUAUUAGAACACAGUUAUAUUGACACCCAGGCGUCUGUUGAGGAGUCACUGUUGACACGUUUGGAGAACCUAGUUGCGGAGGAAAUGCAUAUGUUAACUACGGCCAAGUAUGUUGAAUUCUAA